AUGAGUCCGACCGCUCGUCACUUCGACAACGACGAAACUCCUUUGCGUCAUGCGGAUGCUCACAAAGAACUCAUCGCCUCCUUGACACGCAUCAACACCUACAACCCGCCAGUUCAAACUUGCUCGACAGGAUGGACAUUUCACGGAUUGUAUUAUGGCCCAACCUCGGUAGCAUACCUGUUCUUCCGCCUGUCUCAGCUCUACCCUGAUCUUGCCUUCAAAGGCCAGUCACUUCUCGACUGGGCUCAGUCAUACCUGGACCUGGGCAUCACCGGCCACCGUGACCGCGUCGACUCGGAUCAUUGUGGAAUUGGAAGUGAGGUUCUCGCACAGCUGGCCCUCCGUGCCGCCAUAGACCAGGACCAUAGCCUCGUGCAGAAGCUCUGCUCUUAUGAAAGCACCGUCAACGACGCAGGCGGCUCAGACGAGUGGCUGUACGGCCGAUCAGGAUAUCUUUACUAUCUUCGUCUUACCCGGUCAGCGUUCGAGGAUGCCUCCAAGUCUACGGAGAUGAUCGACACGGCGAUACACAAGACGGUGCAGAGAAUCCUACGCUCCAAAUCCCCUUGGACCUGGCAUGGCAAGGCGUACGUGGGCUCCGCGCAUGGCGCAUUCGGCAUCCUCGCUCAGCUUGUUCUCUCCUCACCACAGAGCGCUGAGACACUGGAGCCCCCGCUGACUUCACUACUGGACACACAAUUCCCUAGCGGGAACUUCCCAUCGGCGCUGCCGCCGGGUUCUGACAAACUCGUUCAAUUCUGCCACGGAGGCCCCGGCGCGGUUCUCGCACUCAGAUCACUGCGGCCACAUUUCCCCAAUCUGCAAGCAAGGAUCGACUCGGCGACCAGAGCGGCGCAAAAGGACAUUUGGAACCGAGGCCUUUUAACCAAAGAGCCCUGCUUGUGUCAUGGAAUCUCCGGAAACGCACUGGCCCUCGACGACGAUGCCGAAUUUGAGCAUUUCUUGGCUAGGACGACGACUGACUCGCUUGAAGCUCUUGGCUGGUUAAAGGCAGCAGGAAGAGACGACCAAUUCGUCGGACUUUACACCGGCGAAGCGGGUAGAGCCUGGACUUGGGCCGUCAAGGAUAAGCAGUUGCGAGAGAAGCCUUGCAUUGGGUUCAAUGACCUAUGA